AUGGGCGUCGAAUCCGUGCCCCUCGAGCACUCGCCAGCAGCGGCUUCCGCCCUCAACGACUACUUGCACGCCGUGUCCAGCCUCGCCUCCAAGUACUUUGACAAGAUCCCCGGGAGUGCCAUCGUGGCACGAUACGUGGCGAGCAGCUACCAGAACGACCCCAUCCGCUCCCUCCUCGAGCUCUUCCUCGUCCUCUUCGCCCUCAGGACCGUGCUCCAGAGCAGAACACGCGGCGGCGCCAGCGGAAGGAACUUUGUCAACCUCUCGGGCAAGGAGAUCGACGACCUCGUUGCAGAGUUCAAGCCCGAACCCCUCUGCGCGCCCCUCACACCAGCCGAGUCGCGAGAGCUCGCCUCCAUCCCCACCAUCGUCGGCGGCGCAAGCAGCAAACCCAAGAUCAGCAUCGCUUCCCACAACGCCGGAAAGCCCACCCAGGUCGUCAACCUCGCCAGCUACAACUUCACCAACCUCGCCGGCCACGAUGCCGUAAAGGAAAAGGCCAUCGAGACGCUCCGAAACUACGGCGUCGGAAGUUGCUCUCCACCCGGCUUCUACGGCACCAUCGACGUCCACAUGCAGCUCGAAUCCGACAUUGCUCGCUUCCUCGGCACCCAGAACUGCAUCAUCUACAGUCAGGGCUUCAGCACCAUCUCCUCCGUCAUCCCCGCCUUCUCCAAGCGAGGCGACAUUAUCGUCGCAGACCGCGGCGUCAACUACGCCAUCCAGAAGGGCAUCCAGAUCUCGCGCUCCACUGUCUACUGGUACGAUCACAACGACAUUGACUCGCUCCAGGCCGUCCUCGAGCAGGUCAAGCGCGACACAAAGCGCAGGAACGGCCCGCUCACCCGUCGCUUCAUCGUCACUGAGGGCGUCUUUGAGGCCGACGGCGCGCUCUCCGACCUGCCCAAGAUCCAGGAGCUCAAGAAGCGCCACAAGUUCCGCCUCAUCCUCGACGAGAGCAUCAGCUUCGGCACCGUCGGCGCAACCGGCCGUGGCCUCACCGAGCUCUACAACAUCCCUGCCUCCGACGUCGAGAUCCUCGUCGGUUCCAUGGCCAACACGCUCGGUGCCGCCGGUGGCUUCUGCGCUGGCUCCGACGAGGUUGUCUACCACCAGCGCAUCAACGGCACCUCGUUUGUCUUUUCCGCCGCCCUCCCCGCCAUGCUCGCCGUCGCUGCCAGCACCGCCAUCUCCUACAUGGUCUCGCAACCCUCGAUCCUCGGCACACUCCACGAAAAUGUCAAGACGCUCCGCUCCGUUCUCGACCACGUCGAAUCGCUCCGCAUCUCGAGCGAUCCGCGCAGUCCUCUCGUGCACCUCCAGAUCCGCAGCAAGACCGAUCGUCAUCCCGACACCCCCUCGGACAAGUUUGACAAGGGCAAGAACAGUCUGGCCGUCGGCGAUGUCAGCCUCACGCUCGCCAACAGCAACGACGAGAAGCGCAUCGCGGCGGCCGGCCCCGCCGAGCACGAUCUCACCGUCGACGAGCAGAUGCGUCUGCUCCAGGCCAUCGUCGACGAUGCGCUCGAGCACGGCAUCUUCAUCACGCGCAUGAAGAGGCUUCCCAGCAUCAACCCAAAGGUGCUCGAAGUCGCACCCGAGUCCAGACCCAACAUUCGCAUCGCCGUCAGCGCCGCAUUCACAAAGAAGGAGAUGGACAAGGCCGCAAACGUCAUCAAGGCGAGUGCCAUCAAGGUACUCGGCAAGAGACGCUAG